AUGGUGGACAAUAAUGCACAGCCUGGGAUCGAAAUCAUGGCAUUCGCAAACAAUGCUCUCUUAAUAUCUUGCUAUAACCUCCAAUUCCCCAUCGACGUCUCAGGUGUUCAAAACGACCACCCCUUCCUAGAUGCAGACUCUCUACAGUCACUCUUCAGGCGCCUAACUGCACUCAACAGAUGCGCCAACAUGAAAUUGGAGCAUCAUCACCAUCAAAAGAGAUCGAACGACUCUGACGAUGAGCAAUGUGCGCUUAGUGAUAAGUGGCAAUACGAGAGAAAGUCAAGGAGAUGGUCAAGAGUAGUCGAAAUCACACCGCAAGCGCAGAGAAGACUACAGGUUAUCGCAGCACGUGCACUCGCAGAAAGAGAAGCCAGAGAAGCAAGAGGCGAAAUUGAAGAUGACGAAGAUGAAACGCUUCCUACAAUUAGAGUGGGUCUGGUAGAUGCCGAUGGACAUUAUACGGAUGUUGAACCGGAUCUAUUAACAGUUCCUGGUCAAACACAUAUACAGUUACCAAGCGAUAAAGAAGAUGAGGAUGAUACAGGCACAAGAUUCCGGCGGACGGGCUCAGAAAGGUUGCGGGACGGUGCAAAAGCCUUACUUCGACGAGUCGAAUCUCUUAAGACGAGAAGAAGAAAACGCCAGAACAGGACAGAAGUGAUUGUAUCGUCGCCGCAUUUCUUAGAUGCUCAAGACAAAUAUCCAGAUCUAAACUACAUAGAUAUGACACCGACGACUCCGUCAGCCUUUCCAUUCCCUGACUUCCAUAGUUCACCGUUACAUGCACCAGCAAUAAGAACCCAACCCCCUUCUCCUAUGACUAUCAUGCCGCCUUCGCCAAUAGCUCCUCUUGAACAAUCCUUUAUUUUACAUACACCGUUUGGAGACGACAGCUCAAGUUACGCAUCAGAUGGCAGUAUGGGAUCUAGCAAUAAAAGUUCUAAGUCAAAAUUAGGUAGAGCAAAAAGGAUAUUCCACAGAGGGUUGAAGGGUGAUGAUUCGAGUGCUCUGAGUGAUUCUGAAUGUCAACCGGCCAGCUGGAGGCAUAAUUAUUAUAAGGAUCAAAAUAUGCAUCAUACAACAGAGGUAUACGUAGAACCAUCAUCACCAAUGGACCUAAAGCCCGAUCCAGAAAUUCUGCGGGAAGUUCAAAAGUCACCAGGACACACACCACACCGGCGGCAAGCGAUCAGAACAAGUUCGCUGAAUUUGGGAAAAGAUGGCCAAAAGUUUCGCGAUAGAAGUUUGAAAAGGGACAAGUCAGCAUCAAGAAGUUCAGAGAUGGACAGCAGCCCCAACUCAGCUGGAUCCAGGUCACAGGAUGGCGACCAGGAUGAUGACGAUGACAGCAUCGACAUUAAAUCCAAAAAAAACAAUAUACAAAGGUGGUAUUCAUUUAGAACGAACACGCUCAACGGUGGACCGAAAGCGAACAACACGCUGCAGCCGGCACCAAAUCAGAAAAACCCUGAGGCCUAUUUAUCAAGACCUAUGUCAUCUCUAUCCUGCGGCCAGUUGCACAUAUUACGGAAACUCGCUUUGCUACGUCUGACUGCUUGUAUGGAACGGUACUGUCCUUCCCACAAGUCCGGGUGGAAUUGGGAACUACCCAAGCUAAUUAGGAAGAUUAAGACACCAGACUACAAAGACAAAACAGUAUUCGGAGUCCCUCUUACCGUGUCACUGCAGAGGACCGGGCAUUGUCUACCAAAGCCGAUUCAGUGUGCACUCAAUUGGUUAAAACACAAUGCUAUGGAUCAGAUGGGUAUAUUUCGGAAGGCAGGAGUGAAGUCCCGAAUAGCGAAACUCAGAACGAUGGUAGAAACCGCCGGUUCAGCUAACGCGGCUUUUGCCAUAGAGAAUAUGAACACCACAGACCCAACACAUUCCAGCCUAAACUUCGAAGGUGCGCAAGCGCAUGACGUGGCAGAUAUGGUCAAACAGUACUUCAGAGAGUUGCCUGACGCCCUAUUAACUAAUAAAUUGAGUGAAACCUUCAUCGCUAUAUUUCAACAUGUUCCAGAACCGUUAAGGCCUGACGCAGUACAAUGCGCGUUGCUUUUGUUACCCGAGGAACAUCUCGAAGCGCUACAAUCAUUACUUAUAUUUUUGGCAGAGGUGGCAGAACAUUCCGCAGUUAACCAAAUGACAGCAUCAAAUCUAGCUGUAUGUUUUGCGCCAACUCUUUUACGGCUACAUCAUACUAUUCCUCACACUGGCAGCACCAAAGAAGGCAACUCGAAUAGGAUGAUAAUAGAGAGUGUAGCAGAUCAACGCCAGAUUAGCGAGAGCAGAGCAGCUCACGCCUGUCUGCUGCUUCUCAUACAGAAGCAUCAGCAGCUGUUCCUAGCACCUGCCGAUAUGCUUGCUAGGUGCAAGUUCAACUACUUUGAGGAAAGCGUACCAGUCGCCUUAGAAGAAUUGGGUGCAGAUUUCAAUCAAGACUGGAAAGGUUUCCAGCAAGCCUGUAUUAAGGCGCUAUUAAAAGAAGCCAAAGAAAAAACGCGCGGUUGGAUGUCAGUAUCGGGGGCUGCAGCUCACGUGGAGCUGUGCUGCAAGAAAGUGGGUGAUGGACAUCCGCUGAGACUCUGGAGGGCCACUACCGAUGUUGAAGCGCCGCCUCAGGAGGUUAUGCAGAGAAUACUCCGUGAGCGGCAUAUUUGGGAUGAUUCACUGAUCAAGUGGAGAGUCGCUGAGAAGUUAGGGCCCACUGCAGAGAUUUUUCAGUUCAUCACUGCUUCCACCUUCAACUUACCACCGAGGGACUACUGUGUUUUGAGAUCGUGGCAACAAGGCGGUGGCGGCGGCGGAUGGUGCGCCGUGGCAGAGACCUCUGUGGCGCACGGGGCUGCUCCCACCGAAGGCUCUAGGGGAGUCGUCCUGGCCUCGAGGUACUUGGCCCAACCCGCAGGCAAGGGGCGAAGUCGCCUUGUGCAUUUGGCCAGGGUUGAUACUAUGGGCAGAACACCGGAAUGGUACAACAAAUGCUACGGCCAUAUUUGUGCUCUGUACUUAGCUCGGAUUCGAGCCUCAUUCAAGCAUAAUACAGAAGGACCCGAGUCUAAUGUAUGA